AUGGAGAGGGACGGCUGCAGCGGGAGCAACCGGGGAACCAAGGAGAGCCGCUCGGGGACUAGCAAGGAGCAGGGCUACGGGAAUACUGCCGGGGACCCGCAGGCAGCUGUGAACAUGCUAGCUCCUUUGGAUGUGGGGGACGAGCAGCAGCUGGAGAAAGGCGCGCGGGCGCACAAAGCCAAGGAUCCCAACACCUACAAAGUACUCUCCCUGGUUCUGUCUGUCUGCAUGUUAACAACAAUCCUUGGAUGUAUAUUUGGAUUGAAACCAAGCUGUUCCAGAGAAGUCAAAAGCUGUAAGGGUCGCUGUUUCGAGAGGACAUUUGGGAAUUGUCGCUGCGAUGUUGCCUGUGUUGAACUUGGAAACUGCUGUCUAGAUUACCAUGAAACAUGUAUAGAACCAGAGCAUAUAUGGACUUGCAGCAAAUUCAGGUGUGGUGAGAAAAGAUUGCAAAAAAGUCAUUGUUCCUGUACAGAUGACUGCAAAGUCAAGGGUGACUGUUGUAUUAACUAUGACUCUGUUUGCCAAGGUGAGGAAAGUUGGGUAGAAGAAGAAUGUGAAAACAUUAUUGAGCCUCAGUGUCCAACAGGGUUUGAAAUCCCACCUACUAUUUUGUUUUCAUUGGAUGGCUUCAGGGCAGAAUAUUUGCACACUUGGGGUGGACUUCUUCCUGUUAUUAGGAAACUACAAAAUUGUGGAACAUACACAACAAAUUUGAGACCAGUAUAUCCCACAAAAACCUUUCCCAAUCACUACAGUCUUGUCACGGGUCUGUAUCCUGAAUCCCAUGGAAUCAUUGACAACAAAAUGUAUGACCCCAAAAUGAAUGCUUCCUUUGCACUUAAAAACAAAGAGAAAUUCAACCCAGAGUGGUAUAAAGGAGAACCUAUUUGGCUUACAACUAAGAAUCAAAAUCUUAAGUCUGGAACAUUUUUUUGGCCUGGAUCAGAUGUGGAAAUUAAUGGAAUUCUUCCAGAUAUCUAUCAAGUGUAUAAUGGUUCCAUCCCAUUUGAAGAAAGAGUUUUGGCUAUUCUUCAGUGGCUACAGCUUCCUAAAGAUGAAAGACCACACUUUUACACUCUGUAUUUAGAAGAACCAGAUUCUUCAGGGCAUUUAUUUGGACCUGUCAGCAGUCAAGUCAUUAAGGCUUUACAGAGGGUCGACAACAUUGUUGGCAUGUUGAUGGAUGGUCUUAAAACAAUGAACUUACACAGAUGUAUAAACCUUAUUCUCGUGUCAGAUCAUGGAAUGGAACAGGGUAGCUGUAAAAAAUAUGUCUACCUGAACAAGUAUUUGGGGGAUGUUAAAAACGUCAAAGUAUUUUAUGGCCCUGCAGCUCGAUUCAGAAUUUUUGAUGCUUCAGAUAAUCAUCAGACUCUUAAUUAUGAAGACAUUGCCCGAAAUCUUUCUUGCAGGGAACCAGAUCAGCACUUCAAACCUUAUCUGAAGGAAUUUUUACCCAAGCGUUUACAUUUUGCGAAGAAUGAUAGAAUUGAACCCUUACUAUUCUACUUAGAUCCUCAGUGGCAACUUGCACUGAAUCCAACAGAGAGAAAACAUUGUGGAUCUGGAUUCCAUGGCUCAGAUAAUACAUUCUCAAAUAUGCAAGCCUUCUUCAUUGCCUAUGGACCCGCAUUUAAGCAUAAUACUAAAGUUGAACCCUUUGAAAACAUUGAAGUUUAUAACUUAAUAUGUGAUUUACUGAAUUUGAAACCAGCUCCAAAUAAUGGAACACAUGGAAGUCUUAACCAUCUUCUGAAGGAACCUGUUCACAUACCAGAGCAUCCCAAAGAAGUGAGCCAUCCAGCAAAAUGCCCUUUUACAAAGAAAACAAGAGACAACCUCGGUUGUUCUUGUGACUCGGUUUCAUCCAUAGUGGAUUUUCAAUCAGAGUUAAAUAUGACCACAGAAGAAGAAAAGGUGAUCAAGCGUAAUAUCCUGCCCUAUGGAAGGCCUAGGGUACUCCAAAAGAACAGCACUUUUUGUCUUCUUUAUCAACACCAGUUCAUAAAUGCAUACAGCCGUGACAUCACGAUGCCGCUGUGGAGUUCCUAUACUGUUGACAAAAAUGAUAGUUUCUCUGCAGAAGACUUUUCAAACUGCUUCUACCAGGACCAUCGAAUACCUCCAAGUCCCAUCCGGAAGUGUUCAUUUUAUAAAAAUAAUCCAAAGCUAAGUUAUGGAUUCCUCUACCCUCCACAACUUACUAAAGGCUCCAAUAACAGACAUCAUGAAGCCCUGAUUACUAGUAACAUAAUACCAAUGUACCAGAGUUUUCAAGUCAUAUGGAAUUAUUUCCAUAAUAUCCUACUCCCAAGAUAUGCUGGAGAAAGGAAUGGAGUCAAUGUAGUCAGUGGCCCUGUGUUUGACUCAGAUUACAAUGGAUUGUAUGAUACUCCAGAGAUCCGAAAACAAAACAGCAAACGCAUCAAUAAUCAAGAAGUCCUGAUACCCACUCAUUACUUCAUUGUACUAACAAGUUGCAAAAAUAAAACCCAGACUCCCUGGAGGUGUGAGAAUUCUUUAGAGACUCUAGCAUUCAUUGUCCCUCACAGGACAGACAACAGUGAAAGUUGUACUCAUGGGAAGCAGGAAUCCUCAUGGGUGGAAGAGCUGCUGAAGCUUCAUAGAGCCCGGGUCACUGAUGUUGAAAUCAUCACGGGACUAAGCUUCUAUCAAGACAGAAAGGAGUCUGUCUCAGACAUUUUGAGGUUGAAAACAUAUUUGCCAACAUUUGAUCAAGAAGAUUGAUCUUAUUUUUUUGCCUGUUAUCUUUCUCUUUGAGAGAACUUUACAUUUAACAGAAAAGAAAAAAUAAGUUUUCUAUAGUAUUCUAUUCCCAGUGUCUUACAUUAGCAUGUUGAUUGGAAACACUCGGCCAAAAGCAGAAUUGGGAAUUAUCCAUGUGACAUUCAUAUCUCAGGGAAACUUGUUGGACUAAGGGUAGCAUUAGGAGGGAGGUCCUAAUGUCUUAGACAAAUAUGAAUAUGUAAGAAUGGUAUGCGUUGUUUGAGCCCUGGGGAUAAAACCAAAGGACAUGAAAACUUUUUUCCCCGUUCCCUUUAUCCUGGGAGGAGAAGAGCAAGUAAAUUAAAAAAUCUUCUGGCAGUUUUAUUUCUAUUUUUUGAUGAUUAAUGUAUUCCCAUAAAGUCUGUGUAAAGGAGUCUAAAGAGGGAUUCUUUGACAUUCCACAUUGCAUUAGCAUUUUAACUAGGUGGCUUUUUUAUCUUUUUAUUGAUUAAAAUAAAUGGGAGCAAAAAGAAAGUCACUCAUGCAUUUCCUACAAAAAUGGAAACACAUGUCUGAUCAGUCAACUUAUUAGAGUGGAGAGAGGGUGGAUCUUCGAGUCCUUAAUCCAGAAAAAAGACUAAAGUUCUGGUCACAUAUCUUAGCUGUGUGACCAUGACUAAGUCACUUUGUAGUGCACUGGGCAACUCUCUAAGACUGAAUUACAGACAAAAUGCCAAUGUGCAUUGGAGGAAGAAAUUUUUCCACCAGGAGUUCCCUACACUUGUGAAAUCACAUGAAUCCCUGCCAACCUCAAUAAAUAAAUCCUAUGUGGUCCUUCUUCAGUUUGAAUGAAGUUAUUUGUGGGAAGACCUACAAUUGAACUGUACCUAUUUAUUGUGAAAGUUUAUUGUGGAGAUAAUUAACUCUAUUUUGAUUUAUUCAAAGAGGAGCCCGGUUAUAGUUCAGUACUAUUGAACUAGACAUUGGGUGGGAAAAUCCUUCUGUGUUCUAAAAGUGAUUAUUUUAAACUGUAAUGUGAACCAGCAUUAUUAGGGUGCAUCAGAUUUCACUGAAACAUUCAUAGAAGUCCCCAGCAAAGGCAAUAAGGUUUGUGUAUUUAACUUAUUCUAGCCAUAUCAGGUCAGGGAAAGUAAUCAUAAACCUUAAUGGUUGGAAAUGUACUUGUGUAGCUUCUAAGAGUUCAGUUGGCUUAUUAUAGCUACUGAAUCAGCAUUUUUUUUGUAUAUAACAUUGGCACUACUGUCUCUAGCAUUUGUGGAGGUGAUGGUUGUGCCAAUAAAUGGUGAUGGGUCUGGAGAUAUUGUAUCCCCAUCCCUCUUAAUCUCCCUUUGGAAUAAGAGAGAAUAUAAUGAGCAUGAUUUUCUCAGGACCUAAGCUCUAUUCUCUGGUCCCAAAUUAGGAACCUUUGGAGGCUGUACUACCUUUUUGGACACUAGCAUACUAUUUAAUUGCUUCUGAAGUCCACCAUAUAUUUUUACUUCCUCAUUCUUUGAAGUGGUCUAUUACCAGAUGGCCACAAAGAAUGCAUGUGACUCUCAAAGGUACUGAAUUUGCAACUUGACAAUAGCUUAGUUACUUGGAGAAUAUAGCUCAUUUACUUUUAUUUAUUCUUUAAAAGAACAGAGAAACACAUGUAUGACUUCACUCAACUAUUGUGAAGUCUAUUAGAAAAGCUUAGCUAAGUGUAUAAGUCUUAUCUUUAUGCUAUAGUAUCAUUGGGAUGCCAGGAUGGCUUGUCCCUCAUACAUGUAGCUUAUCCUCACACUACCAUUUUCUUCUACUGGCAUUAUUCAUCAGUGUCAAAAAUAUCAAUUUGUUAUAAUGCAUCACUACUUUGUUUC